AUGGCAGAAGAAAAUGCCUACAAUCCCGACCUUGACCAGGACCUCGAAUUCUACGAAGGACCAGAUCCUGCCGAGCAUGUUGGGAUGCCAGCGGAUAUACGAGCGCCCCGGAACCCCCUUGCAUUGCGUGAUAUUGGGCUGCGGCGUCGUCGGAGACGAUGGCUGGACAAGACCUGGACGUGGAAUGAACCAUUAAAUCAGAUAUAUGGAGGUGUGAGAAUUCUCUCAAGUCAGAGUGAUUGUUUAGUAGGCUUUUGGAGAGCGGAAACACAAUUUGGACCAAAGAAUAUAGUUGUGAAGCAACGUCCUUGCUCGUUUCGUAAUUUGAAAGACCCGAUGGGACAAAAGUUGUCAGAUGAGUCAAAGAAUUAUGAGAAUUUACAAUCGCGACUUCCACCUGGUCAUAACCAUCAUAUUGUGAAGCUCUUCAAGCGAGCCUGGGAAGAUGAAGGGAAAAACACUUUGAGUCAGGACGUGGGGCGAGUGGAAAGAAUGAUAUUGGAAUGCUGUAAUAGUAGCCUCGAUGAUUUAAUAGGUUGGAACAUGAGGCAUAAUACGAGGAUCUCUGAACGAAGCUCGUGGGAGAUCUUUCACUGCAUUGCUCGGAGUCUACUUAUCAUGAAGCAUGGUACCGAAGAUCCGGCUGAUUACCGUCGACAAUACGACCCUAGGGGCAAGGAUCUUAACAUUGUCCAUUUUGAUCUCAACCCGCAAAAUAUAUAUAUCAAGGACUUCCCACAUCCAACACAUUUAAGAGAUAGAGGCUACGUGCCUGGUUCUUUUCGACGAGCGGCUAAAAUCAAGAUUCCUCAAGAUGAAGCUUACCAUCGAAAACAUGGCAAUUUAGGGAAUGUCAAUUCACGUGCCCCAGAACAAUUGCGCGCGCGUGACAUGAUGGACAAAAGACCAUGGUUGCAAAGUCGGGCCACUCAUCACAAGGCUGGAAAAGAUAAUACACUUCAAUCGGUCGUCUACACAUCGAAAACGAAUGUCUGGCAAGUUGGUUUGAUAAUGUUUUGUAUAAUACACUGUAGGACAUCGGUGAAUUGGAACGAUCUUGAAGCAAAGAGAAGUGAUGGUACACCUAGACUCGUUGAUGGAGGGCCUACUAUAAUGAGUAAAGCCCAUGGAUGGGAGAGGUUGAACAGGGAUCUGAACCUUCCAUACAGUCGAAGCUUGCUGUAUGCUAUCUACGAGUGUCUUUUGAUUGAGCCCUCGAAUAGACCAGAUGUUGCAACGUUGUUUGAAACCACAAGAGCUGGCCUUGCUCAAGCGAACAUGGAAGCUGGCUUUCUCCCACCAGAUCUGGCCGUCGCUCAACCAGACGCUCAACCAGAACCAGCACCACCCGCUCCUCUCGAUCCUCGGCAAGUUCCUCUUCCAGCCGCUCCUCCCGAGCAAGUACGUCCUCCAGCUGUCCCUCGAGUGGCUCCCGUUAUAAUGAAUCCAGAAUUAGACCUUGAAGCUGGACCGCCAGAACCCCGUCUAGCACCUCCACCAGUACCCCGACAGCCACCUUAUGAUCCUCCAGCACCCCCACAAGAAGAACCACCUGGCCGUGCCAACGUGAAUCGAGCCGAAAUUUAUGAUCCCCCAGCAGUAUUAUAUGCCGAGGCCGACGAGCUUCCUCCUGCCUACCAGCUCCAAGCCCCCGAAGGCGAAAUCAUGCCGCAGCCCGAAUGGGGCGAAGGCCUCGAGCGUCCAGCGCCCAACUACCCCGAGCCUCCCGCGUACGAAGAGUAUAAUCAGCCUCCGGUCGAGCCGCAACCUCAGCCUAUAAAUCAAUGCCUACCCAGACACCCUCGUGCUCCACGUCAAAAUCUACUUCCUCCUCUCAAUCUCCCCAGAGGCCUCCAAGUGGGUCCCGAUAAUCCCGUACUCAUGGCCGUUAUACCCCCUGAGUAUCUCCCCUCUAUCCUCAUCUGCCACGUUAUAGAAAACGAUCUCUUCCAUCGACAAAUCGGCAACAUAUAUCUACGGGAUUUACACCCUGCGACGUCAUUUUACGAAAUCAAAAACAUGUUGGUGGCAGAGGGACUAGGUAUUGAGAGAAUGAAUAUAAGGAUUCGAGUAGAUGACGGGGGAGCGCAGCGAGAAUUGGCGGAUUGGGAGAGGAGGAUGACUUUGGGAGAUGGGGUGGCGGUGUUGGUGGAUAAUCCGAAUGGAAUGGUGUUUAGAGAGAUGCGAUGA